CAGCCUGGCAGCGCCGCCCAGCUUGACUGAGAGCCGAGGGAUCCCAGCUCGUCACGAAGUACAGUCUCACUCACUCGCCCCGGGGGGAACCAGGGAGGAUGGUUUCAGACGCCGUGAUGAAUGCAGCCUCACCGAGCCGAUGGUGACUGCCGCCCCUUACGGUCCCGCACAGACCCCGCGGUGCGAGAGGAGGCGAUGGAUUCCCUGCUGAGCGAGAGCACCGAGGAGGCGAGCUUGGAGCUGCUGCUGGAGCGGAUGGGCGACAUGAUGGCCUCGCUGGAGGUGUUGUACCCGCUGGGGGACGAGACGGCUCUGUACGGCCACAGCACUGAAGAGCCGCCGCCGCCACCACCACCGCCGCCGCAGGAGAGAGACGUGUCCCGCCGGCAGCCCAGCUUGCUCGCCACCGUCACAUACGGCUCGGUGGACGAUUUACUCAACUUCGCCAACCAGGUCUCCAGCACUUCCCACAGAUUCACGCCGGACACGGACUACGAGGCAGGAGUCAUACUAAAUAAGAGUGAUAUAAUUAUCAACAAUGGACAUUAUGGAGUCAACGCCGAAUUCUCCUUGUUUCCCUGGAAAUUUGCCCAUAGAAAUAUCGGGCCUGGCUACAUUCCUCGAGGUACUUUUGGAAAGUGCCACCUUGCACAGGAUAAGAUGACAAAAAAACGAAUGGCGUGCAAACUGAUACCAGUGGAAUACUUUAAGCCUGCCGACAUUAAAAUUCAAGCACGAUUCCGUCACGAGAACAUUGCAGAAUUGUACGGUGCCUUACUCUGGAACAACACCAUACACCUCUUCAUGGAAGCUGGAGAGGGAGGCUCGGUCUUGGAAAAAUUGGAAAGCUGUGGGCCAAUGAAGGAAUACGAAAUCAUAUGGUUGACCAAGCAUGUCCUCAAAGCCCUUGACUUCCUGCAUUCCAAAAAAGUCAUCCAUCAUGACAUUAAACCCAGCAACAUAGUUCUCAUGUCAACGAAGGCAGUGCUGGUAGAUUUUGGACUCACUAUCCAGAUGACCGAGGAAAUCUACAUUCCCAAGGACAUUCGAGGGACAGAGUUUUAUAUGAGUCCAGAAGUUAUUACCUGCAGAGGACAUUCAACCAAAUCAGAUAUCUACAGUCUUGGCUCUACCAUCAUCCACAUGCAGACUGGGAAUCCACCUUGGGUGAAGAGGUAUCCUCGGACAGCCUACCCAUCGUAUCUGUACAUUAUCCACAAACAGGCUCCGCCAUUAGAAGACAUUGCGGAAGGUUGCAGCUCGGUCUUGAGGCAGUUCAUUGAAGCCAUGUUGGAGAGAAAUCCCAAGGAGCGGUGGUGUGCAGGGGAGCUGCUGAAGCACGAAGCGUUGAGCCCGCCGCCCGAAGAUCAGCCCCGCUGCCAGAGCCUCGACUCGGCCCUCUUUGAGAUCAGUCGCUCCUUCAGGAGGAAAGAGCUGGAAUUGCCGGAGAAAAUCUGUGAUAAUUCCAUAUGCAGCUCGGACGAGUCAACCGUGGGAAAACGAAACCGCUCACUUUACAUUGACUUUGGUGCCUUGGCUGGAUAUUUCAACAUAAUCAGGGGACCUCCAGGAUCAGAAUAUGGCUGACUGUUGUUUUAAAGUCCCCAGAAGCCCCCUGGCCUGUCAGGCUUGGACUAUGGUGCAAAGAGCCAGAGGAAUUGCUCACCAGGUAUAGGUGGCAGACUCAGAGGAGUUAGUUGGAUGUUAGGAUGCAAGGGUGGUAGGGACGGUCACAGUUUUUUUUCAUCCACAUUAUUAUAGCAGCAUUAAGAAAAAUGUUUUUUUUAAUAUAAAAAUAUUUUAUCACAAAAGUAUAUUUUAUUCAGUGACAUCCACAGCCUUGAGUACUUAAGGGCCUGUCCCACUAUACGAGUUUUCCCAAGAGCUCUUCCGAGUUAAAAAAAAAUCAAACUCGUGGUAAGUACGUAGAAUGUACGUAGCGGGUACGUC